UACACCCCUACCUUUACCACCUUCGUAAUCAUGCUGUCUCUCCUCGCAAAACCUUCACCAUUUCGAACAGAACAGAACCGCCGUCAAAGGAAUCGAAACGACGGCGUGUCCUUCACCAAGCGUGGAACAUGGAGGAAAGUGGAAACCAAGUUCCAGUGCUGCAGCACCAACGUGAAGAGGAUGAAGAAGAAAUCGUUUGUUUGGAUGAAUCGUUCUUCAUCAAUGACAAUUACCAGCUGACGAAAUUCUCGUUUGGAUCUCAAGAUAUUCAGCUCUACUGUCUGCGUUCUGCUUCCACUGAUUUUGAUUUGACAGGGCAACUGGUAUGGCCCGGAGCAAUGGUGCUGAAUGAUUUUCUUUCCAAAAAUCCGGAGAUGCUUAAGGAUUGCACUGUCAUUGAAUUAGGAUCUGGCGUUGGUAUUACUGGAAUACUUUGCAGCAGAUUCUGCCAUAAAGUUGUGUUGACAGAUCAUAAUGAAGAAGUGAUCAAGAUCAUAAAGAAAAAUAUAGAGCUGCAUUCAUGUCCUGAAAAUAUUAGUCCUACUUGUCAUGGAUUAGCAGCAGAGAAGCUAGAAUGGGGGAACACCGAUCAGAUCAAUGAAAUUUUGCUAAAAUAUCCUGGAGGUUUCGACGUCAUUCUCGGAGCUGAUAUUUGCUUUCAGCAGUCAAGCAUCCCUAUGCUGUUUGAUAGUGUUAAACAGCUGCUGGAGGUUAGAGAGGGCAGAAAAUGCAAAUUCAUACUAUCCUAUAUAUCACGAGCUAAGACCAUGGAUUCAAUGAUUAUUUCUGAAGCUUCUAAGCUUAGGAUGCAGAUGAAAGAAUUGCCUGGAACUCGGUGUAUUAUUGGGAACCAUGAAGGAGUCAUCUUUCAAGUUACCCUUGAGUAGAAAUUUUACAUAUAGUUUGAGGUUUUCAGAAACAUGUCAUAUGCAACCAGAACUGAUUUUGGAUGAGCACAAGCUGUUAUAUUUAUUCCAAUUGAAAGCUACUCAAUCGUCCCUCUGCCAAUCUUCUCAGACAACAUGUGUUGAUGGCUUAGGAAACCCAUGGGUUUGAUGUUGGAAUAUGUAGAAUAUGCUAGAAAGAGAACCUAUCUUGUAAAAUGUAAUUCUCUAUUUGAAAGGAUACAUUACAUAACCUACAACGCAAAAUUUUCAAAACAAUUUGAUUGGAUUGACUGCA